CAUGCAAGUUGAUCGGUUUUAAGUAUUCUGGACCAGAUCUUUCCCUAUUUAAUAUCGUUGUGAUUAGUUUAGUAAAAAAUUUGUAAACGCAUUUCAAAGGGCCUAUGCAGGUGCAUCUAGCCUCAAGUGCAUUGGAGGGGCCCUUAUUUAUAAGGCUAGUGCAAUCUCUGAGGCAGCUUCAAAUGCCGUGUUGUGUGGAAACAGCUAUGCGGAUCGUGCUUAUGUUUGCUUGCGUGGGAGCCGCGCUGGCCACCCCACAGUACGGAGCCUUACUUGCGCACGCGCCUGUAGUGCAUGCGCCGGUGCUCCACGCACCUGUCGUACACGCUGAACCUGUAGCUUACCCAAAGUAUGCAUUCAACUACGGUGUGAAGGAUCCACAUACCGGUGACAUCAAAUCACAGCAAGAGGAACGGGAUGGUGAUGUAGUUAGAGGUAGCUACUCCCUGGUAGAGCCUGAUGGUUCCACUCGCACGGUGCAGUACGCCGCAGACGACCAUAACGGGUUCAAUGCUGUUGUACAUAAAACCGGACAUGCAGUCCACCCGCAACAAGUGGCUGUAGCAGCCCCGGUACACUACGCUGCUCCAGCCGUUGCCCUGCACUCGCCCUACGGAUUACACUAAACUUUAUCAUAAUAGUUACAUUAAUCUAUUGUACGUCUUGUCCAUUCAUGUUAGUAAAAUAAUGAGCUAUUUUUUUAUGAUCUUUUUUAUGUUUAUUUAUGAUAAACUUUUAUUUAGACUUCGUUUUUUUGUGAUGAUUUUGGUUCAAUUUAUAUUUAAUUUAUUUUUCUCAAAAUAAUGUUUUUAUUAUUUUAUUCUCAUCUACUCAAUAGGUUUUUUUUAUUUCUCCUUUUAUUCAUAUUGUAGGACAAUAUCCUUUUAUACGGAUAAUAAUAUUAAGUAUGGUGUUAAAAGGUCAUUAUGUACUAACUUGAAUGAACUUGGUUAAAAUACGGUCAAUAAAUUAUUAUUCUACUCAAAUAUUAUCGUAAAGGUAGACUCAGGGUCUCUGGAUAUAAGGGGGUAGUUAUCAAGUUAUCACUUGCGUAUAAAGGAGGAUGUAUUUUGUUUAUAAUAAGUUAAUUAUUUUGUGGAUAUUAUUGUUCAUGUCAAUUGCCAUUUGUAUAGAAGCAUCUGAAGUACAAGUAUUUUUAUGUAAUUUUAAGGAUAUUUUUCCGUAUUACUAUUUAUAGAGUCCAAUGUACCAACCGUAAAUAUAUGAUUAUAGUUAAGUAAAUUACAUCUCAUA